AUGGCCACGACCCGAUACGGAAUGUAUCAUGCCAUCACGGCAACACCAAUCAUCACCCUUGUAAAAUGGGUUCUCGUCGCACGAUUCGUCAAAUUUAACCGUGCUGCGAGCUCAUUCCUGAACUCGUUCCUCGAGAUCGGGGGAGCUAGUCCCAUGGUGGGCAACAAGGGCUCUUUCUUUGAUGAUCUACAUAGUAAGCAGCACUUCCACAUGUCCAGCCUAUGCAUAUAUCCUCGCUGCCGAGGUGACAUUGCGAUUCUGGAUUCGAAGCCGGUUGCGCUGGAUCCGACAGCCGAGGCUACAUACCCAUGA